AUGGCCGCCCUCCCACCCCCAGGCCUCCACAUCCCCGCCUCAACCUCCACAGUCUCAAUCUCCAUAAUCAAAACCAGCACCGAGAUCCGCGGCCUCCCAACGGGCUACUUCUUCGACCCGCCCAUCCCCGGCCACGACCACAUCGCCGCGCCAGCCUUCGCCUUCCUAAUCCGCCACCCGGUCCUCAACCGCACGCUCAUCUUCGACCUGGGCAUGUCCAAGAACUGGCGCUCCAACCCCGUCCUCAACGCGCGCUUCGGGAAUUCGAAGGACGUGGGCGUCACGGUCAACAAGUCUGUGCGGGAGAUUCUGGAGAGCGAAGGGCUGGAUUGCAAGGACGUCGAGGCGGUGGUCUGGAGUCAUUGGCACAUGGACCACACGGGCGACGUGCCUGAAAUCGAGAAGUCGACGAAACUCAUCGUGGGGCCUGGAUUCCAAGAAAAAGUCCUGCCAGGCUAUCCACGAAACCCAGAGUCGUACGUCAUGGAGAGUGAUUGGGAAGGUCGCGAGCUGCUCGAAAUCGACUUCUCAACUUCGGGCUUGAAGAUCGGGAAAUUCCAGGCGUACGACUACUUCGGCGAUGGCUCGUUUUACUUCCUCGACAGUCCUGGGCACGCCGUAGGCCACCUCUGCGGCCUGGCGCGCGUGACGGCCGACCCGCCGAGUUUCAUCCUCAUGGGCGGGGAUGCGUACCAUCACGGCGGGAUGAUCAGACCGUCGCCGUAUCUCCCUUUCCCGGAGAAUGUCGCGCCUAAUCCGUUCGCGCCGUCGACGGGCUCGCCUUGUCUGGGACAUAUCUUCGAGUCCCUACUUCAGGAUGGCGACAAGAAGAAGCCAUUCUACAAACCCUCCGCACCAGCAGCGGGAGGCGCGUACGAUGAUCCGGAGGAGGCUGGGCGGACGAUUCAGAAGUUGCAGGAGGCGGAUGUGAGGGAGGAUAUUUUGAUGGUGGCGGCGCAUGAUGAGACGCUGCUUGAUAUUGUGGAUUUCUUUCCGAAGCUGGCGGAUGGGUUUGUGGAGAAGGGAUGGGUGCGGCAGGCGAGAUGGAGGUUUUUGAAGGACUUUGCUAAGGCUGUGGGUUAUGAGGGGGAGGUUGAAGGGAUGAGGUCUUGGGGACCGCCGAAUCAAAGCUGA